AAUUUGAAUUGUUUCACACAUUUGUUUAUAGGUGUUUGUAGAUAUUUAUUAUAUAUAUAAUGUCGAUCACACAACACCAUAGGGAAACCGUUGUUCAUCACCAAAUUGAUGAAGAAACACCACUAGUUCCUAAAUCACCUAGAUUUAAACCAGGGUUGGAUCUUCUUAAUCAUGUAUUAAUAGCCAAACAAAAAAAAGUAUAUUCUGCAAUUGCAUUGGCAGACAUCUUUCAGAAAGUUGUAUACACCACAAUCAUAACAAGCUUUGUCUUAUAUGCUUUUACAUAUCUGGAUUGCACUUACGAACAUUCUUUGAUUGUUUAUUUUAUUUUUGCUGUUUGUUCAUGGAUAACAGCAGCUACAGUUAACUUAUUUGCAGAACAUUUUGUGAUCAGAAGAACUGCUAUUGUUGUUGGUUUUGUUAUCUAUUUUUUCGGUGUUGCUGGGUUGACAGGUUUAUCUGCACACAUUUUAAAUGGCCCGUUUAUACUACGAUAUCUUACUGUUAUACCUCUUUAUCUGAUAUGCUUGGGAGAAGGAUUAUGCAAAACGUUUGUUGGAGAUUUUGGACACGACCAGUUUUCCGAAACAAGGUUAUCAGAAAAACUUCAUUCGUACACAACUAAACUGUAUUGGAUUGGCCACCUGUUCGCUUUAGUGUUGAUAGCUUUCUUAUUAGGUAUUAUGGAGUUUGCUAGCUAUGAAGUGGGGUUAGGAUUGUGUUGCGUUUGCCUUGGUGCUGGUUUUAUGUCAUUUUGUAUUGGAUGGUCAAAGUUUAAACGCCCAGAAAAAUCAAAAGUUAAUGUGUUGAAGCUGCUUUACAACAUAAUAACUGAAGCAAAAGCAGUUAAAAAAUCUGUCUCACUGAAAAGAAAAAGUGGAUAUUCAAUUUCCAGAGAACCAACCCUACACUGGUUAGAUUAUGCAACAAUUAAAGUUGGUGGAAGGUUUUCCCAUGCUGAAGUGCAAGAAGCUAAAUCUUUUUUCAAGAUUUUUGCAAUAUUUUUAUCAUUCAUACCAUAUUGGAUUUGCAAUGCCCAGGGUUAUAGUACCUUCAUUUAUCAAGGUUUUCAUCUUGAUAAAAGAAUUGGAAGUGUUUAUGUUCCAGUAUCAUGGAUUGCUCUAGUGAACAUUGUAGCUGUCUUGAUUUUUGUGCAGUUGUUGGAGAAACUGAUCUAUCCGUUAUUACGUAGAAAGGGGUAUUCCUUUCCAACUUCAUGGAGAAUUAUGAUGGGGAUGUUUGCUGCUUGUAUUUCUAUGAUGUUAGCCGGUGGAGUGCAGCUUUAUGCACAUAGAAUUCACGCCAACAAUGGUACUUGUUUACAACCAGUUGGGAAAUUGAACAUGACUUGUGUCAGUGGUAUUCACAUCCUCUGGACAGUACCACAGUACAUCUUUCUUGGUAUCAGCGAAGUCUUAGUUGGCUUAACAGGUCUUGGUUUGGCAUGCAAGUUAUGUCCGGGAAUAUUUCAAAAACUUAUUACCAGUGUAUAUUACGUCAUGGUUGCCAUGGGAAAUGCUAUUUCCGUUGUAGUUGUGAGAUCUGGUUGGUUUCCGACCGGAGAGUAUUUUAAUCGGCAUGAAAUGGUGAUAUAUUUCUUCGGUUUGGCUGGAGUGGCAUUACUGGGAUUAUUGCUGUUUAUGUUCGUACAAUCGAGACAAGAUUACGUCAGUGCUUCAAGUAGAUACAAUACAGAAUACGAGUCGUCUCACGUGGAGAUUUGUGCGCAUGACGAUAAUUUCCCUGGUCACACAGAAGAAAAUGUUGUAUAAAAGAGUUUUUUUAAAUUUUAUAAUGUAAAUACAGACAUAAAUCUUAAA